CUUCACCAGAACGUUUGCCCUGAGCUCUGUGCUGCCAAUGAUGCGGCCAGCACUGGCCAUGGCUUCACUGGCAGUGGGCGCAAGCGCGAGCAUUGGCUCCCAGGCAGUGGGCCUCCCACGAGGUCUGCAAGAGGGGCCGCCCAACCUCAUGGACCCGCAACUCCUCCAGGACUCAUGCAGCAGGCUGGCAAACUUCACGAGCUCGGCAUCCCCAAUCUUGGCCUAUGGAAAAACGGUGCAGGGCUGGCUCAACGAGCCGAGCUGCCAAAUCUUCGUGGCCUCUGCAGCCCUGAUUGCAGGGCUCUGCCUGACCUGGGACGGGCCACAGCUGUGGAAAGCUUUGUUCACGCUGGCUCUGGCUUGUGCGGCCGCCUUUGCCGCACGCUUCGAGGCAGAAGCGUGGCAUCUGCAGAUCUUCUCCAUUUUCACAGUGAUGUGCCAGGCUGCCGUGAUCGUAGGCACGGCCGUGUAUUGGGGCUUUGAAGGGAGCCAAGUUCUGCUGGGCUCGUGUUGUGGCUUCGCGGGUGCCUAUGGCAUGGGCGCAUGGGUCCGUUCCUUAGAUGCGACAGCGCCCGGGCUUGCCAUGUUCUGGUACAUUUGCGGAUCCGUGCUGGGGAUCCAGAUCUUCACUGCUUGGAGACGUGGGAUGCUGGCCUGCCUGGCCCCCGUCUUGGGUGGCUUGCUCGUCUCUUCAGCAGUGGGAACCCUGAUCUCCCGAGCGGGGCUACGAACGCCAUUUCUGCCGAAGGAUACUGAGUCGUGGCUCACUGCCACGGAGGCCUUGCUGGGCUUGGACGGGACCUCUUCCUUAGCGUUGUUCGGGCUUCCAGUCUUUGUGGCUGCCACGGUCAACGGCUUUGACGAUGCGCGAAGGCCGCGGUGGAAUUGGUGAUGCCAGCCUGUUGGGCGUUUGGAGGGUGGAUAGGCAGGUUUGUCAUCCUGUACCGCGACAUACAUAUGUAUAUAGUACUGUAUAUAUAUAUAUAUACACAGUAAGACAUAUAUAAAGUUCUCUGGCCCCUGGGCCCCUUCCUUGCAACAUUUUCUUCUAUUUGAUGGAGUGGUGGAAGAAGUUUGUUGGAGAGCCCUUGGAUAGUGAGCCGCAACCUUCGAUGUUCACAAUCCCAGCUCUACUGGGUUCUUAUGUCGUAUUGUAGGUCUAACCUACAGCAUCUACAGAUGUCCGAGUGGGCCCUAACAAAAAAUACCCGUACCAGCACCUCCAAGAGGCCUCGUGUAGAGUCGCGAAGAGGUCUUUGUUCAUGACCUGUUGGAGAUGAACAUGCAGCCAAAGGGCCGCCAUGGCGCAGGUAGGUCAGUGCCAUCUGGCUAAAGCAGGUGUCGACGACUGGGGAGUUGAUUUGUUUUGACCUGCUACACCAGAACCAGUGAGCCCUCGAAAGCAGUUGAUAGCAGAAAACGGAAGAGGUCACCUAUGAGGCCUUUGGAUCAUAUUUCUAUUGGAUCCACCAAGUUAGUUGGCGGCAGGUUUUGAGGUGAAUGGAAUGCAAGGGAGGCACCAUUGCACCAUGAUUCACUAUGAGUAUGACCUUUCGACCGGAUUCGAUUCGGUGUUUGGUCCGUGAAUGAUGACCCUUGCCAGGCUUGUCUCGUUAUUUGGUACCUUUUGCAGCCUUCUGGCAGUUUGUGACUUCCUUGCAGUAGGUUCAGAGUAGAUUAGAUGCCACAAUCAAGACACGCUUCCAAUGAGCACACUAGCAAGAUGACUGCCAGUUAAAAUCCUUCUGGACGCUUGCCUUUAUUCUUUUUCUCUAUAUUCUAAAUUUGCAAAAGGGCUUUGUUUGGCACUGUCUCGGCGUGAAACUAUGAGGCCAUUGGCCGUGGCCGGUGCCUGAGAGUCGAGCGGUGACAAGAAACAAUUGUUUUUCCCCAGAUAGCGAAGCUAUGGGGUUCUUACUUCAAAUAACAAUGAGUUGCCCGCGCUUUCGAGACAGGUUGCUGGUGCUGGGUGCCGGUGCUGGUGCUGGUGCUGUGAGCUGGCUGUGCACGUGGUGAGGACAGGUUGCUGGUGCCGGUGCUGGUGCUGGGUGCCGGGUGGUGCUGGUGCUGGUGCUGGUGCUGUGAGCUGGCUGUGCACGCGGUGGAGACAGGUUGCUGGUGCCAAUGCUGGUGCUGGGUGCCGGUGCUGGUGCUGGUGCCGGUGCUGGUGGUGU